AGACCCUGACGGUUCCCACUACAUGAAUGUAAGUCUGUCCAUCUACCAGAUACAGGAGGAAGACUUCGGACAGUACACCUGCAUCGCACACACUACAUAUGGGUGGACAUCCCAGCAGGCCACAAUCGAGAAGGGUGGAAUUCGAAGUGUCCUUGAGCCAGAAUUCUUUGAGAAGGCGAAGAAGAGCAUAGCCGAGAACUCUACACUCUGGGCCCUGUCUGUAGUAGUACUCAUCGCCAUUGCUGCUAUGGUCACCCUGGCAGUGGGGAUCCACAUCCACCAGAGGCGCAGGGCCGACUGUAAGGCCUUGAGUAAGGAAGAAAAGCCACAAGAUACAGUUUGACAGAAGGAUGCAUUCUGCAGCACAAUACAGUGGGAAGAAUAUGUCUCUACGGUUGUGAAUUAAUCAAGUCAGCCAUUUCUGCCAUCAAACCAUUCAUCCACAAUACAUGUACAUUUGUUUGUCCACUUGAAAAUAAGAGAGUUACAGUAAAACUAACUGUGUAACGACCACAAAGCAACAAACUUCAGUGUCCGAAGACUUUUUUCUUUUAAUCUCCAUCAUACACUUGACACUGUCUGCAAUAUAUCAAGCAUUUGCUGUUUUUCUGCAAGCCUUUCCAAGAGGAAGUGUUCCUGAAAAGGAGGAAUGCACUUAAGUCAAGCCCUCAAUCAUAGCAUUUUGGCUUUUACAAUCCAGAAAUCUUUGUAAUGAAUUAAUAUGUAUGUGAAUAUGGUUUACAUGAAUCUACAUGCCAAACUAAGUCAUAACUGCUGCUCAAUGUACACUACUAGUAACAUGACCAGAACCAUUCUGUUAGUAAUUACCCUUUGUGUUACAACUCGUAGUAGUCGGAACAUAGGCCAACAGGAAACUUCUUAACAAAAUUUCAACAAUCGCACAUAUAAUGUUCUUUCUGUUUUGGCAUGUUCGAGAGGAAAUCUUUUUCUAAAAAUCUGACAAUGAAUCUCACUAUGCAAUGAUUUGCACACAGGCACAGUCCUGCAUAUCAACGAAUGUUCAUAAUGCCCAAGCACUAGUUAUUGAUUGAUCUGUUGCAAGAAUAAAUGUGAUAUUGUAUGGUAGCAUGUCAUUAAAUGUAGCAUAGCUACUUAUGUAUAUUUAAGUUGUUAUGAUGAAUAUGAGGAGAAUAAGUUCCCUUCUACAGUGUGAAUACGUUCCAUAUCCAUUGUACAAAAAGCAAGGCAAUCUUGGUUAAUAGAUCAACAAUGUAGCAUAGAAUGUUUGACAUUUGUAACAUUGAGUUACAGCAUUAAAGGACUGUAUGA